AUGAUCAAGCUGGAAUUCUCACCAAUGGCGGUCGGAACCGUGACCAGAUUGGCGAUGAGACCAAUAAACAAUUUGAUAAUUCGGCAUGAAUUCCACUAUAGUCGUCUUUCUAUGAAUGACAAGAGACAAUUAGGCAACAUACGAACUCACACAAUCAAACUGCACCCAAUGUCGGUGCGAAACGAUGAUCCGCUUCUGGCUCGUGACGGUACAGACAGUGAAACUCGCGAUAGAAUACGGGCCUCUAAAGGUGUUGAUGUAAUGAAAAACGUAUUACGAACUUCGAAAGUAGAAGAACACAAUCAGGAACAUAGGCGAAAUCUGCUUCAUGGUUUUGGACACAGUCAUGGGCAUUCGCAUUCGCAUUCGCAUUCGAUGAGUAAUCCACUAUUGGUGAUGAACAAAGACGAGAUUAGGAAAAACGCAGCUGUGAGAAUAACUUGGAUUGGGCUUUCUGUGAAUGUGGGUAUUGCUGUAGGUAAAUUUAUUGGUGGUAUAGUUUUCCAUUCGCAAGCUUUAUUCGCCGACUCGAUACAUGCACUGAGUGACAUGAUUUCCGAUUUUCUCACUCUAUUCUCUGUCAGGUUAGCCUCCAAUAAGCCGACGGAACACUACCCGAAUGGUUGUGGUAAGAUUGAAACCUUGGGCUCUUUGGCGGUGUCGACUAUUCUGUUGACCGCAGGGUUCUCACUCGGUUGGUCUGCGUUAUGCUCUAUAAUUGGUCCAAUCAUACCGCAUGUAGUUUUUGAGUCCCUGGCCGCUCUAGGUACUGGCCACCACCACGAGUCAAUUACAAACGAAGUCACAGAUAUAAAUGCGGCAUGGAUUGCAGCCGCCUCAAUCGCAGCUAAGGAAUGGAUAUUCCGAGCGACAAAGAAGAUCGCUGUGGAUACUAAUUCCAAUGUUCUGAUGGCCAACGCGUGGCAUCACCGCGUUGAUUCGUUAACAUCAUUGGUGGCGUUGGUCACUAUCACGUCUGGUUACUUAUUUAAUGUCCAAUGUUUGGACAUGUUGGGGGGGCUUAUUGUAUCGGGAAUGGUGGUUAAAGCAGGUGCGGAAGGCAUGAACAUCUCUCUUCGAGAACUGUCCGAUAAAUCGAUCCCGCCAGAUGAUGAUCGUCAUAUCGAUAUCAAGAAUGGACUGUCCUUUGUUUUAGCUAAAGAUAAGAUGAAUGCAAAGUGUAGUCUCAAAGAUCUCGUCGUUUUGUCGUCUGGGCCAAAUCUAAUAGCACAUGCAGAGGUCCUCGUGAAUAAAAGCAAAAUUCCACUAACCCUAGCAGAGUUAGAAUUUGUCACAAGCAGACUACGUCAUGAGCUCGCCGAAAGUGUGCCCAAUUUCAAGAAGUUGAAAGUAGAAUUUGUGCAACAACCGGAAACGCCAGAGAUACCCACGAACAGUCCUCCGGAAUCGAAAGAAUAUCACCAACCCCCCAUCCAUUCUCACUCGCAUACUUGUUCUCCAUCCGGGUCCAGUACCGGUGAGCACACAAACUCCAACUCUGAGGGGCAUACCCACGGGCAUUAG